AUGCACCCAGACAAAGCUCCGGGCCCUGAUGGAAUGAGCCCAGGUUUUUACCAAAAAUAUUGGGAUAUAGUAGGAGGGGAUGUGGUGGAGAUGGUUCGGGAUUUUUUUGAAACGGGGGUUUUACCAAGAGAGGUGAAUGAUAUAAAUAUAGUCUUUAUUCCUAAGAAAAAGACUCCUGAGCAGAUGGGAGAUUUAAGGCCAAUAUCAUUGUGCAAUGUGGCUUACAGGGUGUUAGCUAAAGUUUUGGCAAAUCGUAUGAAGAACAUUAUGACAGACAUUAUCUCCGAUAAUCAGAGUGCGUUUAUCCCUGGAAGGCUGAUAUCUGAUAACAUUAUGGUGUCUUAUGAGGUGAUGCAUUAUUUGAAAAGAAAAACUAGUGGAAAAGUUGGAUAUAUGGCCUUGAAGCUUGACAUGAGUAAGGCAUACGACAGAGUUGAGUGGGCGUUUCUUGGUGCUAUAAUGGCUCGGUUAGGCUUUCAUGAAAGGUGGGUUAGUUUGAUUCUUACUUGUGUAUCGUCAGUAAGGUAUCAAAUCACGCAUCAAGGGCAUGUCAUGGGUCCUAUUUUGCCAACAAGAGGAAUUCGACAAGGAGAUCCAUUGUCUCCUUAUUUAUUUCUCUUAUGUGCUGAGGGUUUUUCUUCACUUGUUCAUUUGUAUGAAAGGAGCAGACUGUUACAAGGGUGUAAGGUUGCUAGGGGGGCACCUGUUAUAUCUCACAUGUUGUUCGUCGAUGAUAGUUACAUGUAUUUCCAAGCAACGAGUGACUCUGCAAGAAGAGUUCUUGACCUCCUACACACCUAUGAAAAGGCUUCUGGGCAGCAAGUAAAUAUGGCUAAAUCCUCUGUCUUUUUUAGUUUAAAUGUUGGGGAUGAUAUCAAAAAUGAGAUUUGUUCUUUGCUGGGAAUUCAGGAGGCCGAUGACAAUACUUUCUACUUGGGUUUGCUCACUAUCAUGGGAAGAAAUAAGAAUGUUGUGCUGGGCUUCUUGAAGGAGAAAAUGCAGAAAAGAAUUACUAGUUGGGAUGGAAAAUUGCUUUCAAGGGCGGGAAAGGAAGUUCUAAUAAAAAAUGUUGUUCAAGCUCUUCCUACAUAUGCUAUGAGUGUUUUCUUAAUUCCUUUGGGAACUUGUAAGGAAAUUGAAGGAAUGAUGGCGAAGUUUUGGUGGCGAUCCUCUUCUACUCAGGGAAAUGGGAUUAAUUGGAUGAGUUGGGAAAGAUUGGCUCGCUCAAAGGAUGUAGGUGGGAUGGGUUUUCGCAACUUGCGAGAGUUUAAUUUAGCCAUGUUGGGAAAGCAAGCUCGGAGAUUAGUUGUGAGACCGGAUUCACUUGUUAGUAAAGUGUUUAAAGCAAGAUACUUUCCUAAAGGUGAAUUUCUUGAAGCUGAAUUAGGGUCCAAUCCUAGUUACAUUUGGAGAAGCAUUUUUGAGACGAAAGCUAUUAUUAAAAAGGGGCUCAGAAGAAGAGUGGGGACGGGAAGCACUACCAGAAUAUGUUUGGAUCCGUGGCUGCCUGUUGAAGAACAUCCUUAUGUUACUUCUGAGUUGCAUGGUUUGGAAGAUAAGUGUGUGGACAGUCUUUUCAUGGUGAACCAGCGAACUUGGGAUGAGGAGGUUGUUCGAGAUUUAUUCAAUGAUCGGGAUAGAUUGGCAAUUCUUAGUAUACCACUGGGUAUUGCCAGCGAGGGUGAUGUUUGGUAUUGGGGCUUGGAUAGAACCGAUUUGUACUCUGUCAAGAGUGCUUAUAGAAUGAUUCAUGGUGUUAAUGAUGGGAAUGGGGAGGAAACUUCUUUUUGGAGAAAGUUUUGGCUGCUGCAAGUUCCUCCAAAGGUGAAGAACACAGUUUGGCGUGCUAUCAUGGGCUGUCUUCCUACCCGUGUGCAACUUCGAAUUAAAAAGGUACAAGUUUCUUUGUUUUGCCCUUUCUGUGAGGUGUACAAUGAAACUAUGUUGCAUUGCUUGGUUACUUGCUCUUUCUCUCGAAUGUGUUGGGUUUAUGCUGGUUUGGACAAUUAUAAUGGUGAUGUUGUUACGUUUGGAUCGUGGAUACGGGGGGUAUUGGGUCGGGUUGAUGUUGGUGUUGCUGCUCUUGUACUGAUGAUUUGUUGGUCGUUAUGGAAUGCGAGAAAUGGUAUUGUGUGGCAGCAAAGGACUAGCUCGGUUGAGUACAUUGUUAAGUCUGCAAGAAUUUAUCUUGAUCAAUGGCUAAAAGCUCAAGAUAACAAUUUCUUUCUGUCAUUGGGACCUACCUAUCCUGGUGAUGGUUUGGAGCUUUGGACAAAACCUGAUGUAAACAGUGUCAAGAUAAAUAUUGAUGCAGCUAUAUUUACUAAUGAAUUCAAACUUGGUUUGGGAGCAGUGGUUCGUGAUCACCAAGGUGUUGUUUUAACAUAUCGGUUGUGGUGCAAGCAAGGCAAUUUGCAACCUGAUGUGGCUGAAGCAAUGGGAUUAAAGGAGGUCCUUAGUUGGAUCAAAACUGCACAAUGGCAACAAGUGGUAAUUGAGAUGGAUAGUUUGGUGGUUGUGCAAGCUGUGAGAAGUUCUAUUUACAUGCCUUCUGUUUUUGGUUCAAUUAUUAAUGAUUGUAAAUUACUUCUCUCAGAGUUAUCUUUUGUCAGUUUGUUCUUUGUAAAGCGAUCUGCGAAUAGAGCCGCUCAUACAGUUGCUAGAGCCGCUCUUUUUACUGCUGAUUGUAUUUUUUCUGAUGUUGAUGCUACCUCGGAGUUAUUCUCUGUUUUGGUGGCUGAUUUGAGAUGA